CUCUGUCUUUGUUAAUCAAUUAAUUUAAAAAAUGUUAAGUCUUUUAAGUCCUAUCCCCAAAUUAUUUUCUUAAAAUUUAAUUUAAAUUUAAAUGUAAAUUUAUUUAGUUUUUUUUAAUUCCUUCUAGUAGUGCAUUUUUUUCUGAUGCAACAGUGUUUUAUUCUAUUUUGUAUAGUAUAUUAUUCUAUCUUAUCUUCUAUUCAGUUUUUUUUUCUUAAUUUUUGGUGCUCUUAACUUUGUACUGUUCACUUUCCGCCGUGACCAAAGAAAUUUCCCAUUAAUCAAAGUUUAUCUUCUAUUAUCAGCUCCCCCUGUGUGCACCAGGGGCUGGGGAGUGACCUGCAGUAUCGCCCUCCUUCCACCAGAUAGAUGGAGAGAGAGAGAGGGAGAGAGAGAGAGAGAGAGAGUGAGAAAGAGAGAGAGAGAGAGAUGUAUGAUAAUGAUAAGGGCCUCAACACAGGCUUCAUAUGGACACACCCCCAAGUGGGUGAGAAAGCCACAACCCAUUUGCGCUGAGUGUUUAGGACGCAUAAAAACUCUGCCUGAUCAGCAGUUACUAACAAGAUCAAUUACUGCAGCUCUGAAGCACACACCAACUUACUGUUUUGAAGAGAUUAAGAGCUUCAUUAUGGAUGGUGGUAGAAGACAGAUUUUGGGUUUGGCUUUAGCCAUCAACGGUGUAUUGGGGACCAUCAUGAUCUGUGCUCUCCCUGCCUGGAAAGUCUUCAUUAAUACUGUGUACCAUCAUGGAAUUUAUGGGGCAUGUUAUGGUUUAUGGAAAAUCUGUACAAUAUACACCACAGGCAAGAUGGAAUGCGUUGAGUAUGAGGUUUUUGCACCACUGGUAGAUGACACCAUGAAAGCUAUCAGAGCACUCGUCAUUAUCGCAAUCCUCAGUGGGAUCUUUGGAAUCCUGCUUGGUGUGGCCGGGAACAAGCGCAUUAACUUCAUGUUGGAUGAUGGGCAAAAACGCAAAGUGGGCUUUGCUUCCGGAGUUGUCUUCAUCAUUGCAGGUUUCUUGGUGUUCAUACCUGUCUGCUGGAUGGCCAACAUCAUCAUUCGUGAUUCCUACGAGCUCAGAAAUCACGGCAGUGAUGCCAGCAUAAAGCUGGGAGCCUCACUCUACAUUGGCUGGUUCACUACUGGGUUUCUGUUCCUGGGAGGAGGCCUGCUCCUGUACCGGCAGGAAUGAUACUGUCAUACUGAAUGUACAGUUAAGUAAUUCAGUGUAAGGCUUGCUUUUAGAUAUCCGCCAGCCCAUUGGAAACAAAAGAAAUGUUUUCAGAAUUAUUUCAUAAUUAUGAUCUUCUGUUUUUCCCUUCAGUACAAUAAUACAGCCUGAAAUGUAAUGAAAAUAAGGAGAAAUGUUAGCACUGAGUGUGUAACUUAUGUUCUUCCUUUAUCCCCCAACCCCCCGGAUCUCUGUGAUAUUAUUACGCUGUGUAUCUAAUAUUCCUAUAGAAUGUGUAUCAAGUGGUUUAAGUCUAAGCCUGAUAACUAUUUCUUUGAAAAACUGCUUCAAUAUUGAUGAUAAUGUGAUUUUCAUUUACUCUUUGAAUACUUUUCUUUUGAGUUGUUGUUGUUGUUUUUAACUCUUAUUGCUUGAUUAUAUACCAUACAAUUUAGGUCAAAUCAAGAUUCAUUUUUCUCAAUUCUCUAUUGGAUUCUCAUGAGAGAUCAUAUGUUGCAAAUAUUUUUAUGUCAUUGUCUCUGUUUUAAUAUCAAAAGCCUAAAUAAAAA